AUGACUGCCUCAAACGGUGUCAAUGGGAACGCGAAGCACUACAAUGAGGGGACUUUCCUCUUCACCUCCGAAUCUGUAGGCGAGGGUCACCCCGACAAGAUCGCCGAUCAGGUUUCCGAUGCCAUUCUGGAUGCCUGCUUGGCUGAGGACCCUAUGUCCAAGGUUGCCUGCGAGACCGCUACCAAGACCGGUAUGAUCAUGGUCUUCGGCGAGAUCUCCACCAAGGCACGCCUGGACUACCAGAAGGUGGUCCGCAACGCGAUCAAGGAUAUCGGCUACGAUGACUCAUCCAAGGGCUUCGACUACAAGACCUGCAACCUGCUGGUCGCCAUUGAGGAGCAGUCUCCCGAUAUCGCCCAGGGUCUCAAGCUGGACCAGGCCCUCGAGCAGCUCGGUGCCGGUGACCAAGGCAUCAUGUUCGGCUACGCCACCGACGAGACCCCUGAGCUCUUCCCCCUGACCCUCCAACUCGCUCACAAGCUCAAUGCUGCCAUGUCUGCUGCCCGCCGCGACGGUAGCAUCCCUUGGCUGCGCCCUGACACCAAGACUCAAGUCACGGUCGAGUACAAGCACGACAACGGUGCCGUCGUCCCCUUGAGGGUGCACACCGUCGUUGUCUCUGCCCAACACGGCGAGGAGGUCACCACCGAGCAGCUGCGCAAGGUGAUCAAGGAAAAGAUCAUCCUGAAGGUCAUCCCGGAGAAGUACAUUGACGAGAACACCAUCUACCACAUCCAACCCUCCGGCCUCUUCAUCAUCGGUGGUCCCCAGGGUGAUGCUGGCCUGACUGGCCGCAAGAUCAUCGUUGACACCUACGGUGGCUGGGGUGCUCACGGUGGCGGUGCCUUUUCUGGCAAGGACUUCUCCAAGGUCGACCGUUCGGCUGCUUACCUUGCCCGCUGGAUCGCCAAGUCUCUCGUGGCCGCCAAGCUCUGCCGCCGGGCCCUCGUCCAGCUCUCCUAUGCCAUCGGCGUGGCGGAGCCCCUCUCCAUCUUCGUGGACACUUAUGGCACCUCUUCGAGGUCCUCUGACGAGCUUGUCAAGAUCGUCCGCGACAACUUCGACAUGCGGCCCGGUGUUAUCGUCAAGGAGCUGGAUCUCGCCAAGCCCAUCUACUUCCAGACAGCCAAGAACGGCCACUUCGGCACGAACCAGACCUUCAGCUGGGAGAAGCCCAAGACUCUGAAGUUCUAA